AUGCACAACGUUAUUUGCAACAAGUCCAACCCAAAGUCUACUACUACUGCUGCUGCCCACGAUGACAGUAGCAAGAGCAAGGUGUGCAGUGGUCGUGGCAAGAGCUACUGCUUGGUCCACCGACGGUAUUUUGAGACCAGCUGGUGUCCUGACUGUAGCCGUCGGUCCUGA